AUGAGCACCUCUCUCGAAGCCAAGAUAGUAGUGCUAGGCGCCCAAGGCGUAGGCAAAACAUCACUCCUUCUUCGAUAUAUAAAAAAUCAAUUCAAUCCGAAAACUACGACGUCGACCGUGGGGGCGAGUUUUCUGACAAAGAGAGUGGUGGAUGCCGAGAGUGAUACAGUUGUGAGAUUACAGAUUUGGGAUACGGCGGGGCAGGAAAGAUUUAGAUCCAUAUCCCGCCUUUACUACCGCGGGGCAAAUGCUUGUAUCCUCUGCUACAGCAUCACAUCCCAAACCUCAUUCACCGAAAUGUCCGUCUGGCUUACCGAACUCCGUCGCAAUCUUCCUGCGGAUAUCAUCCUCCAUGUCGUAGGUACCAAAGCUGAUCUCGUUGCUAAAGAUCCUAGUGCAAGAGAAGUUCCAUUCGAGAGAUGCAUUGCAUAUGUAGCCGAAAACGUCACAUCUAUUUUAGGCAGCACACCACCUGCUACAGCUUUAGGAGAACGUGGUUUCGGCAGUUGGGGCGGCGCCGGAGGUGGAGUGUGGGGAUCUGGUGGUCAAGGCACGAUGGGGAUAGAAGGUGCACGAUCGCCUUCUAGUAAGAGAAGUUCUGGAUUCUGGGGUAUGGAAGUGGGAUGGGAUUGUUGUCAUGAAGUUAGUGCGGAGAGUGGAGAGGGCGUGGAAGAGGUUUUUAGAGUUAUCACGAGAAAACUUGUGGAACAGAAUAACAAGAUGAAAGAACAACUUUUGAGUGCGGUAGCGACUCCCGGUACGCCUGGUAUGGGGAAUGAUGGGAUGGGGAUAGAGGGGCAAACAGGAUAUUUUGAUGGGAUCAUGAGGCCUGGGGGAAGUUUUAGAGUGGGAAGAGGAGACAGGAGGAGUUGGUUGCUGGGGCUAACAGGGGGGACGCCGCUUGGGGGGAGUGAUGCUGGGACGGGAGUGCGGAUUGGGAGUACAUAUGGAAAUGGGAAUGCGGAUGGGAGGGAGAGGAGGGAUGAAGAGAGGGGUGAGGGGGGUGAGAUGGGUGGCUCGAUUGACUACUAUAUCACGAAAAAGCACUUCUUCACCCGGAUCUUUUGUCAUCAGAUACUAGGCAAGGAGGAGCAAAGAAAGAAUGGUGCAUAUAAAUCAUUCUUCGCCUCUUUUGAUAGUAGCCUGGUCGCCAUAACCGAGAUUCGAAAUUCCACUUCAGAGGAUUGGAUAUCGAUAUUGGAUAGUUGA